AUGCAGCUCAAGAUUGCCGCCCUCACCCUUGCUUCGGCCAGCGCCGUGCUCGUCGCCGGCGACGCCAUUGCAGAUUUUAAUAUUCCCCCGGACUCCAUCAUGACCGUUCUGGAGACCGCCUUGCCCACCUCCAUCGCCGCCGAGCUCACCAACCCCGCAGCCAUUUCGUCCUGGGCAGAUGCCCUGGUCAGCUCUAUCGAGGCAGGCAACACGCCCGGCUGGGUGGCUUCUCUGCCACCGAGCGUAAAGACGUAUUUGUACACUGCCUACGCGACUGAUGCGACUGCUGCCCCUACUGCCGCUGCUACUGGUGCUACCACGACUACGGCUGCGACUGCGGCAGCUACACAUGCCUCGACUGGUGGUGCUCCUGCUGUUACUGGUGCUUUGGCGAUGGGGGUGGCUGGUGCUGUUGGUGUUUUGGGUCUUGCUAUUGCUCUGUAA